UGCCAAUGCCUCAACAUGUUCUGGAGAGGGGGGAGGCAAUGACUACCAGAGGAACCUGAUGACCUGAAGCCGAUCACAGUAACCGACGGAAAGCGGACCCUUCACCAUGAAGCUUUCUGGACUGUUUCUGUUGGUGUCUGUAGCAGGGGGCUUCGCCAACCCAGCGCUCAAGGAGGUGUUCCAUUGGAAGCAGUUGGACUUCCACUACCCCGACGAAGCAGCUCGCAAACAGGCCGUAGCCUCUGGGGAGUUUGUCGUCGAGAAUAACCUGCCUCUGGGUGUGGAAGUGUGGAAGAACAAACUGUUCGUGACAGUCCCCCGCUGGAAGUCUGGGAUACCUGCUUCCCUCAAUUACAUCGACCUUAACGAUGAGGAAAAGACUCAAUCCCCAGCUCUCAAGCCUUACCCGGACUGGGCUUCCCACAAGAUCUACGAGAAGGACAACACCACCAAGAUAGUGUCAACGUUCAGGAUACGCGCGGACGAGUGCGACAGACUCUGGGUCCUAGACACCGGCUUGGCUGACAUCCUUGGCAAAGCUGAGCAGAUCACUCCGCCCAAGAUACUCAUCUACGACCUGAAAACUGACAAGCUUGUGCACCAGUAUGUCUUCGACCCCUCCCACGUCAAAGACAACUCCUUCUUCGCCAACAUCGUGGUUGACGUAGCUCCUGGUAAGUGUGAGCACACCCAUGCCUACAUCCCAGACCUGGGUAGUUACGCCAUCAUUGUCUACAACCUAGAGACCGACAAGAGCUACCGCAUCAAACACCACUUCUUCUACAUGGACCCUCUCUCUGGGAACUACAACGUCGGAGGAGUCAACUUCCAGUGGACCGACGGUAUAUUCAGUUUGGCGCUCGCCCCUCACGACAAGAAUGACGGAUACAGGACUAUCUACUUCCAUCCGUUAUCAAGCACUAUGGAGUUUACUGUUAACUCCAGGAUUCUGCAGAAUGAGACUGUAGCUAACGACGACUACUAUGCCUACAAGGUGCUUGGAUCUCGUGGUGCUCUCGGCCAAGCCACAGCCUCCUUCCUGGACCCUAAGACCGGUGUUCUGGUCUACACCCAGAUCAACAAGAACGGCGUUGGAUGCUGGAACUCCUUCACUCAUCCUCAAGAUUACUCUCCGGAGACCAAUCACCUCAUUGCCUCCGACAACGAGACCAUGAUCUUCCCUAACGACCUUAAGGUGGACACAGAAAGCAACCUUUGGUUGUUGACUGACCGUCUUCCAACACACAUCUACAAGAAGUUGGACUUUGAAGAGGUCAACUAUCGCAUUUUCAAAGGCCACAUCCCAGAUUUGGUCAAGGGUACAGUCUGCGAGGUGAAGGACCCAGUCAAAGCCACUCCUGAACCCCUGAAGGAGGUUUCUACCCAGAAGUCUGUUAGUCUGUCUUCAUCCUCGUCCCAGUAAAAGUUUCUGAGGGUGCGAAGCUAUUAGGAGUAAGAUUUUACCAAUCAAAGGAUGGCUGAAGAUCACAGCCAAAUAGUUAAGUGAAGUGUGUAAAAAUUAAACGUUGUUUUCUUAUAAUGAUGUUUUAUGUGGUAUGUUUGAAAGUAUACGAAGAUUAUUUUGCCUAGUGGGUAACAGAAACAUGUCAUACAUAUUACAAUAACAGUAUGAUGGCUAUGAGAGUAGGUGAUAAAAUAAUAUUUGUUAUUGUGAUUAAAA